ACAGAAAACUGACCACUGUCAUCUAGUGGUACACUGUCACAGAGCACUGACCACCAAUAUUCAGUCGAGUAGUUUCCAUCAGUUGCAGAGAGAACUGACCACUACCAUCUGGUGACAAACACUCAGUCUGACUGAGGACUUAGAGGGAGGUAAAACCAAACGGACAGGUUGGCUUGGGACUGUUGAACACUGUGGAGAUCUCGUCCUUCACCAGUGCGAUCAUCUGUCUGUCUCUCCCCGGCGCCUCCCAGCGUUUGUAGCUGGUCCCCACAUAACAAGCAGAGCGGCAGUCAGGCAGAACUGACGGCGUUAAUCUGAUUGGCAGAGCUGAACCAGGUAUUUGAAAAGAGGUUUCAUGACCGUGUCACCACUGCACAGUUACAAUUGGCCGGACCGACACAGAGUGACAGACGCUAGAAGGGUACACGUGCUUCGGGGGAACUGGUCAUAGACAAGUGUAACAUCAAGUUUAAACAUCAAGAGUAACAUCAAGUGUAACAUCAAACUCUGAACCUGACACUGACAUGCUCCAAUGUCGCUGAACAACCGAACUGAAUCACAGUCAGGAAUCGGUAGUGCCUUGAAAAAGAUUAUGGCGGAAGAAGUCGAUGACUUGAAAAAGCCAUUGUUUUGGCGUGCUGUGUUCGCAGAGUUUCUUGGCUGUUUCUUGCUGAUUGUUUUCGGUGUAGGAGCUGGUCUUCAUGUGGAGGGAACACAUGGGCACAGCAGCGUGCAUAACAUCCUCACUGCAGGAUUCUUCAUCGCCGUCAUCAUCUCUGCCCUCGCCAACGUCAGCGGUGCCCACGUCAACCCCGCUCUCAGCCUCGCAUUCGCCGUCACAAGAGAAAUAAGCUUCGCACGGUUCUUCUUCUACUCUGUGGCUCAGUCCGCGGGGUCAGUGGCGGGGGCGGCGCUCCUCAAGUUCAUCACCCCCGCUAACAUGCACGGCACCCUCGGGCUGCUGCAGCCGGGGAAGUACGUCAGUUCGGAGCAGGCCCUGGUGGUGGAGAUCAUCGUCAGCUUCUUCCUGGUGUUCGUCAUCUUCUCCCUCGUCGACAAGGGCAGGAAGGACGUCGGUGGCUCCGUCCCCUUCAUCAUCGGCCUCUCCGUCUGCGUCAACGCUUUCUUCUCCGGUCACAUCUCCGGCGGCUGUAUCAACCCUAUAAGGAACUUCGGCCCCGCCGUGGUACUGGGAAACCUCAAGUAUCAGUGGAUCUACUGGGUGGGGCCAAUGGUCGGCUCUGUGCUCGGGGGACUGCUGUAUGACAAGGUGUUCUCCGUGGCUGCAGAGAAGCACGGCCUGCUGAGCUGCGUAAAGAGCCGCCCAUACCAAGCCGUCAUCAUGGACGAGCCAGACACCAUCGAGAAGGAAAUAGAAUUGCGAACCGGAAGUAUUUCCUCGAGUGACCUCCCGAAGAAGCAACCUUAUUCCGAAUCCAUCGAGAGAAUAGCUUCCGUUUAGGGUCAAAUAUAUAGUGCACGAAAUUAUAGUACACGUGUACAGUGACUUUGCCUUGAAGCACAGCAGUGUUAUCUGAUUAAUGAAUCCAAUGAUUUAUGAAAUGACUGCAAUGGUAAUGUGUACGUCACGAUGACGUGUUUACAUAAUAUACAUUUCAAUAUAUUUAACUACUUAUUUAAUGUGAUCUUAAAUAACCGACAUGUCACCGCCGACUCUUAAAACACACAAUGUUAUAUUGGAACCUAGUAAAUUCACACAUGAUAGCCAAUCCUGUGACACACCUCUUAGUUUGUAUUUAGGGACAGGCUAUGUGACUAGUCAGUACUAGGGAUGCGCAGAUCGUCGCCGGAAUACCAGAGUCACCUACGAGUGCUGGAAUAUUGAGGGGAAAGUGAAUAUACACAGCAGCUGUUGGCGACUUCAUUAGCUUCAUCGGUAUAGAUUCAUUUACAUAUUAUUUUAUUAACUGGAGAUCUCUGCAUCCUCAUCAUGUAUUCCCUGUGUGAUGACCCAUGCAUCACCGAUAUGUUUUUAUUGUGCCGAGUCAGAGAAUAUAAUCUGUUUGUCUACACAGAAUCAGUAAAAGCUCUAUGCAGUUCGAGAGAUGGCUAAACGCCUAUUGAAACAAUAGUCAGCAGUCACGGCUUCUGUGGGGUCCAUACCCAAACUAAUGUCGUUGGCGAUUUAAUCUUAAAGCAUACAAGAGAUCAAUAAUGCUAACAUUAUCAGGUUGAAAUCUGAGAUUCACACCACGAUCAACAAGUAGCUAUAGUCGCUAAGUGAUCUAAGAUUCCUAUAGAUAGCCGAGACUAAGGUAUAUAUCCCGCACGCCUUUCAACUCUUACACAAUCUUUUAUUAAUUUUGUUAUAUAAUAAACUAUUUUCUUACAUA